UUGACGUUGUCGGAAGAGCAUGACAGCAGUGUUUACACCAGUGAAGAUGUAUAUAAAUUGCUAUUGAAAAUAUGUGAUAAAGAAAGUUAAGUGCAAAGUAAAUAUAUUUGAACUAGUUCUCAUAAGUUAUGAAGCAUUUUAUCAAUUAUUAUAUGUAAUUUAUAGAUUAUGUAAGCUGUGGAUUCAAUUAAAUCAGUGUAGAAAAAACUAAAGUAGAGUUAUUUCAUAAAGUGUGUUGAAUUGUGUUUGCAAGUCAGCCAACGAUGGAAUCAUCGCGAAAACAGUUACCACCAAAUCCGCGGGAACAUUCAAGCAUUCUUUCAGUGCUGUUUUUCACAUGGACAUGGUCUAUAUUCAAAAAAGGCUAUACAAAAAUUUUGGAACUGGAUGACAUUUUUCAACCACUAAAGUGUGACAAAUCAGAAACAUUGGGACACCGACUCGAAAAAAAAUGGGAAAAACAAUUGAUGAAAUCGAAACCGUCUUUAUUGUCAGCCAUUGUCGCGACAUUCUGGAAAGAAUACACAUUGUAUGCGCUCGUUUGUACAUUUACUGAUCUGGUUUCACGUUUGGGCCAACCAUUGAUCCUAGGCAAAUUGUUGCUCUUCUUCCGUAACGAUUCACAGAUGACAUAUGACGAUGCAUUGAAAUAUGCCGGCUUACUUUUACUAUUCAAUGGUAUGCAAGUAUUUGGAUGGAAUCAAUUUUUCAUCAUGGGUUUUCAUAAUGGUAUGAAAGUUCGUGUGGCUGUGUGUAGCUUAAUUUACGCCAAGUCAUUGCGUUUGUCUCAGACUUCACUUGGUGAAACAGCGCCCGGAAAGGUUGUUAAUCUAUUAUCGAAUGAUGUCAGCCGUUUUGAAUGGGUGUCAUUAUGUUUGAAUUCUAUGUGGAUUGCACCGCUGCUUAGUAUCAUUGUUGCGUGUUUACUGUGGAGUGAAUUUGGAUUUGCCGGUCUGAUUGGCAUUGUCGUUAUCUUGAUCGUAGUUCCCAUUCAAAGUUACACUGGGAAAUUAACAUCGAAAUUCCGUUCAAAAACGGCUUUACGCACUGAUCAACGAAUUCGCUUCAUGGACGAAAUCAUCUCUGGUGUUCAAGUAAUCAAGUUUUAUGGGUGGGAGAGCUGCUUCGCCAGUUUAGUUUCAACGGCUCGUAAGCUGGAAUUGCAAAUCAUUCGCAAGACAUCAUUUGUUCGUGCCCUUUAUAUGACUUUUAAUCUUUUUACAACUCGAGCUGCUGUUUUUUGUACAAUGUUGGCAAUUGUUUUGCUAUACGGAUCAAACGAAAUAACUGCCGAUAAAGUGUUUGUCGUUUCUUCGUACUUUAGCAUAAUUGCGAUGACAAUGAGCCAGCUCUUUGUGCGUGGGGUAGCCGAAAUUGCUGAAUGCUUCGUCGCUAUAAAACGAUUAGAAAACUUUUUAACUCUUGAUGAAAAAUCAACGAAACAAAUUACCAACAAUACUAAUGGAAACCAUAAAAAUAAUAGUAAAAUUGAGAUGGAAUUAAUAAAAAAUAGUCUGGUUGAAGCGCAGCCAUCGAUUACACUAAAAAAUGCAACGGCAAUUUGGACAGUGCCAACCCCAGAGACUACUUCAACUAAAAAAAAAUAUAAUAGCAAAACUGAAAGAAUCGAACUUGAUAAACUGGUAACAAAUACAGUUGCACCAACUCUGGAUGGUUUAAGCAUUGAAUUCCCAAAGGGAAAAUUAAUCGGUGUGAUCGGCACAAUUGGUUCAGGCAAGUCGUCAUUACUACAGGCCAUUCUACGCGAAUUACCACUCGAAUCGGGCACGAUUAGUGUGAAUGGAUCUAUUUCUUAUGCAUGUCAAGAGGCAUGGGUGUUUGCGGCGUCUGUAAGACAAAAUAUUUUAUUUGGCGAAGAAUACGACCGUGAUCGAUACAAUGCCGUGAUACGAACUUGUGCGCUGGAAAAAGAUUUCGAACAAUUGGAAAAUGGAGACCGUACCAUUGUCGGUGAGAAGGGUUCAUUGAGCGGUGGUCAGAAAGCACGAAUCAAUUUGGCACGAGCAUGCUAUCGAAAUGCAGACAUUUACUUAUUAGACGAUCCAUUGAGUGCGGUUGACGCUCAUGUUGGCACUCACAUAUUCAAUAAAUGCAUUGGGCCCAAAGGUCGGCUCGCAAAACUUCACGCAACACGCAUUUUGGUCACACAUCAAGUUCAUUUUCUCAAAGAAGCUGAUUGGCUUGUCAUUUUGAAAAAUGGUCGAAUUGAAGUCCAAGAAGCCCCGGCAGAUUUGGCUCAAAGUGGAGUUGAUUAUGCGCAACUUGUCGGAAUCGACGAAGAAAAAACAGUGGACGGAGAGUCUGAUACACGGUCACGAAAAAGAUCUACUACAAGCACAUCGUCGAGUAAAUCUUCGAAAUCUAUCAAAGAGCCUGAAAAAGAUGGAGACGAACUACAAGAUAAAGGUGUUCAAAUGGAAGAAACGUCAAAGGGAAAAGUAAAGGGUUCUGUGGCAGCGCAUUAUUUCAAAGCGGGUGCACAUUGGUCGAUACUUUUUUUCCUGGGACUUUUGUUUUUAAUCGUUCAAAUACUGGCGAGUGGAGCUGACUACUGGGUUUCCAUAUGGAUAAAGCAAGAGGAACGAAUGCGCAAUCUUAACAAGACGGAUGUCAGCAACGUUGAGAAUGCAACAGAAAAUGUCAUCGUUGAUCCCAAUUCAAAUGAACAAGAUGUAUCGUUUGCUUUGAGUACGGAGAUGUGUAUGUAUAUUCAUGGUGCAUUAAUAGCAUCAAUAUUCAUCCUAGGAAUCAUCAGAUCGUUGAGUUUCUAUGUGAUUUGUAUGCGAGCUUCACAAAAUCUGUACAAUUCAAUGUUCAAAGGCAUAAUAUCGACAGCGAUGCGUUUCUUUGAGACAAAUCCUUCAGGGCGAAUUUUGAAUCGCUUCUCUAAAGACAUAGGAACGGUUGACGAAUGGCUUCCAAAGGCAAUGCUCGAUGGUACCCAAUCGAUUUUAUCGUUGGCUGGAAGUAUCGUUAUAACAGCGAUGGUUAGUUUUUACUUUUUGAUCCCGGUGCUGGUGAUGGGAUUGCUUUUUAUGUACAUUCGAAAAGUUUACUUGAAAACAUCGAAAAAUAUCAAGCGAAUCGAAGGCAUUGCAAAAUCGCCGGCAUUCACACAUUUGGCGGCGACUUUGGGUGGUUUAUCAACGGUGCGAGCAUUCAAUGCCGAAAAAUUAUUACAAAAUGAAUUCGAUUACCAUCAAGACACGCACACAGCCGCAUGGUUUAUGUUUGUCGCGACGGGGUCUGCGUUCGGUUUUAUAUUGGAUGUCUUAUGUUGGGUAUUUAUUGCUUCCAUUUUAAGUUUUUAUUUAUUGGUCGACACUGGAGCUUCCAGUGAAAUGGUGGGCCUUGCCUUGACGCAAAUCCUGGCUCUGACGGGCAUGCUUCAGUGGGGAAUUCGUCAAAGUGCCGAAAUAACCAAUUUAAUGACGUCAGUUGAACGUGUGAUCGAAUAUCGUGAUUUGGAGCCGGAAAAACAACCGAAAAAUCCACAAGAAAUAUCGAAAGAUUGGCCCAUCGACGGGUCCAUUGAAUUCCAUUAUGUGUUCUAUAGGUAUUUUGCUGAAGGCGAACCAGUCUUGAGAGGCUUGUCAUUUGAAAUCAGACCAAAGGAGAAAAUUGGAAUUGUCGGCAGAACGGGAGCCGGUAAGAGUUCAUUGAUUGGCGCCCUUUUCCGGUUAGCAUGCAUCGAAGGAAAAAUAUUAAUCGAUGGCAUCGAUACAGCCAAUAUCCGUUUAAAAGAUCUACGUAAACGAGUUGCUAUAAUUCCACAAGAACCAGUGCUCUUCAGUGGCACUUUAAGACGAAAUUUGGAUCCAUUCGAAGAAUAUCCGGAUGAUGAAAUUUGGAGUGCUUUGGAAAAAGUUGAAUUAAUGGAUAUAGCAACAAGUAGUUUGGGAUUACAAUCGCCGGUAAUGGCACGUGGUGCCAAUUACUCAAUCGGACAAAGACAACUUCUAUGUUUAGCUCGAGCGAUAUUGAGAAAAAAUCGAAUUCUCGUGUUGGACGAAGCCACUGCCAAUGUUGACCCACAAACGGAUUUAUUGAUCCAACAAACGAUUCGUGAGAAGUUUGCCGAAUGUACCGUUUUGACGGUGGCACAUCGAUUGCACACCAUCAUUGAUUCGGAUCGUGUGUUAGUAAUGGAUCUUGGACGAGCUGCUGAAUUCGAUAAGCCACACAAUCUAUUGAAAGAUGAUUCAGGCAUUUUCUACAGUAUGGUCCAGGCGCUCGGACCACAAGAAUUCAAUCGAUUAUCACAAAUCGCACAAGAAAAAUGUAACCCAUCGAGCAAAUAAAUGAAUUGAAUUUUUCGGACGAAUUUCAGUGAAAUUAAUUCACACAUCAGGGAUCAAAUUGUUAAGGCAUCCAAAUGAAAUUCUUUAGUUAUUAUUAACUUAAAUGGAAUAUACUUUAAAUGAGUUGUAAAUAAAAUGU